UCCAGGACAAUUUUUUGCAAAUUGCAAAUUGCACAGGCCUAUUACAAAAGGUUUAACACAGCAUUAUGUAAUGUCUAGAAUACAGCUUUCUGGUUACAAUGGGGACACACAGGGCAAUAGACUGUUGUAGAAUCUGGAGGGUGGCAAAUAUGCGAGAAGUUAUGUAGUGUGGGAUCCUGAAAAUCACCACGAUUUCUGAAUGAAGAGUAGUGCUUGUCUCAAACAAGGCUCCAUGCAGGGCCGAACAGGCAUGACGUGGUUGGCUCUGACCUGAGGUGAGAAGGCAACGUCGAGAAAUGAUCGAUUAAGUUUCCUCUUUGUGGACCAGACGCUCACUGAGUAGCAUCUCUGGCUACGAAUCUGCACUCGCUUUUCAUGCCUGUCGGUGCAGCGCGAGGUGCAUGUGAUGCAGGAGACUGUAUAUCAGCCGCGGUUCUCCGGGGCUACACUGCGUGUCCUCAGUCUGGCUGUUAUUCAACCAUGCGUCUCCUGAGAGGCGGCGAGUCACCAAGACUGCCCUGAUCCUUUCUGUUGAAAAGUACCGCCGGUAGCCAGCCUGCAUCCUGCAAACCGCCGGCCCGUGUCGUCAUGCCUGGCCCACGGACCCUCCCACCGCUGACAACGUCUAUUUAUACCGCCGAAGCGCUCCGAGGGAGCCAGUGAGACAGGACUGAUAGCGCAUCACAGAAUUCAUCAGAAGUGUCUUUUCCACAGAGUGCCAGCUCUGGCUCUGGCUGCCACCAUGCCUCUACUGGAAGAAAGCUCUCUACCCAGGGACUGCCCUCCUACCGUGCCAGUGGUCAUCAUCGGUAACGGCCCCUCAGGUAUCUGCCUGUCAUACCUGCUGAGUGGGUACACCCCCUACCUGGAUCCCGCCACAGUGCACCCAAACCCAGUGCUGUACCGCAAACUGCAGGAGAGCAAGCACCUGCCUAUCACUGAGCAGGACCUGGAGCUCCUGUGUGAGGGUCUGGAGGGCCGCUCGGCCAACCCAGUGGCGGUGCUGUUUGACACCCUGCUGCACCCCAAUGCAGACAUGGGCUUUGAGCUGCCCCCCGUGCUCCAGUGGAGGCUGGAGCCCCAACGCCACAUCCCCCACCUGGUGCUGGGCAGGGCCACCCCAGGGGGUGCCUGGCACGCCAUGGAGGGGUCCAUGCUGACCAUCAGUCUGGGCAUCUGGAUGGAGCUGCCAGGGGUCAACUACAGGGACAUGUGCCCCAGCAAACGCAGGGGGGUGGCCAGUGACCGUGCCUCACCGGAGGAGAUCUCCUCAUACUACAAGAACUACGUGAAGCUGAUGGGGUUGCAGAAGAACUUCGUGGACAACACCUACAUCACCUCCGUGCAGAGACUCCACCGCGGUCGCCACAGCGACGACCUGACCAACAGCCACGCCAAGGACGGAGGCCUGGCGAAUGGUGUGAAGAGAAACGGCAUCAAGAAUGGCGUGGAGAGCAACGGGAGCAGCGACGGCGAGGAGAAGAGGGCCGACGAGGUGGACCAGGGGAAGAAGGCGGUGAACAGCGGGGGCAGCAGCGUUGGGGUUACCCCCGGGCUAGGGCAGGGGCUCUGGGAGGUCCGAGGCUACCAGCGUGUCCAAGGCGACACCCACGUGCCCUUCAGCCUGUUUGCAGAGAAUGUCGUCCUUGCAACAGGGGCGACCGACUCUCCAGCCCGCCUUGGCGUGGAAGGGGAAGACCUCCCCUUCGUCUUCCACAGCGUGCGCGACCUGGGCGUGGCCGUGAGCAACCGCGCCAAACUCGGGCCCUCCUCCGAGCCGGUGCUGGUGGUGGGGGCUGGUCUGUGUGCGGCCGACGCCGUCCUGUGUGCCCGAAACCACGGCAUCUCCGUGCUUCAUGCCUUCCGCAAACACACCGACGACCCGCAGCUCAUCUUCAAGCAGCUGCCCAAGACCCUCUACCCCGAGUACCACCGCGUCUACAACAUGAUGUGUUCCCAUAGCAACCUGGCCCCCGGGGGGGGGGCUGCUCCCAACUCCGCACCCCCCCCUAACGGGGCUACCACCUCAGCCACCCUCGGUGGCGCCCCACCGAAGCCCGGCUACAUCAGCUUCCCCGAGCACUGCGUGGUCUCCUUCCAGCCGGACAUGCGCUGCGUGCUGCAGGGCCCCGGGACCUCGCUCCGAGCCUUCAAGGUCUCCAUGGCGCUGGUUCUGAUCAGCUCGCUCCCUAACCUGUUUUUCCUCAAGGAGCAGGGCCGCUAUUUGAGCCUAGACCCUAGUCGGCCCGUCUCGUGCAAGCAGAACCCGCUGGAAAUCCACCCCUACACCUUUGAGUGCUGCGCCGAGCCGGGCUUGUUCGCUAUGGGCCCACUGGUGGGUGACAACUUUGUGCGCUUCCUGACGGGCGGUGCUCUGGGCAUCGCCAGCUGCUUGAUGAAGAGACUCAAGGAGAAGAAGAAGAGAGAGAAGCUCAUCACCAAUGGUAGCAUGGGGAGAGGGGAGGGGGGAGGCCUGGGAGGAGGAGGUGGAGGGUUUGUUUAAGAAGUGUGAAGACAGAGAGAGAGAGAGCGAGAGAGAUAAAGAUAGAGGGAAUAAUAAAAGGUGGUGGAAGGUGAGGGCUACUUUCGUGUUGGUUUGUUAGGGUGGUAUCUUUUUUCUUUUUAAAUCUCAUGUAUGCAGUGGAUAUCUCUAUUUUAACCUGAAAGCUUUCUUACCAUUUUUAAAGAUGAAAGUGAGUAGAGGCUAGAGGAGUAAAUAGAAUUCCCUUCUCCUGUUUUGUUUCGUGUUGACAGUAAGCCUUCUACACAGGUUAAUGUUCUCAGAGGCCAAAACGCACCGUUAUUUCCUCGUCUCGUUGGAUCUACAUGUAUUCAGGUUUUUUUUUUAUCGUCACUCACACUUUGACAUUCAUUUUCAGACAAACAACCAUGUUUUGUUGAUUUUGUGGCAUCUAAAAAUGCACAGAUGAUCCUCCUCCACACACCUAAUCUGACCUUAGUUAAAUGCACAGUAGUUAACUUUCUUCAUCAUGUCCAGAUGAGGGUCAAGGCACAUAUCUUUAAACCACACUGAAAUGCACGUCAGCUAAAUGCUUUCUGGUCAAAUACCCAAAUAUUCCUUCCAACUCAUCUGAAGUUUUAAAUGAUCAUUCAGACAAAAAUCCAACACUACACCAAAUCUUUCAGCCAGUUAGUGCCAAAAUAUAUAACUGCAUUGGUGAUACUUGAAAUAGCUUUCAAACUUAGUGACUGAACUAAUUAUUAUUUUUUUUAACAAUAAUACUAAACUUAAGACAGUGGUCUUUAAUUUGACAUAAUAGAUGUGUAUUUGGAUGUAAGGACCUCAAACAAAAAGACUGCAUGCAAAUAUAUAAAUAUAUAUAUAUAGGCUUACGUAGAUACAUUGCCUAGGUAUUGCUGUUCUCAUGCUUUAAGAGGUAUUCAUGUUUGGGCAUAGUGGAUAGGACUGUAAUACCACAUACACUUUCCAAAAUGCUAAAAAUAAAGACCUGGAUCUUCAGCCCACUCAAGUGGGUUGUGAUCUAUUUGAGUAGUGCCCACAAUCAAGUAGCUAUGGCUGUGUUCUGCUAUGCAAUGACCUGAAUGAUAAGCAACAUAAGUCUUAUCUCUAUAGGGCUUGGAUGGCUGUUGGUUUGGAUGCAGCCUAGCUCUAGUGCACCUACAAUAAAUGAAUCGCUUGAAGUUCGUGACAAAUCGGUUAGACCCUGCAGAGUAGAAUGCAAACCUGAAGGCAUGUUGUCCAUUUGAGGGCUAGACUGCCUAUCCCUGACCUCAUUGUCUCCCCUUCGAUGUGUAACUGAAUGUAAGGCAUUACCUCCUGGACAAUAGACAGGUGCACUGUCUCCAUUCCCUCAACAUAACAAGUGCCGUUGUUUUCACGUUCCUGACAACUGUCGCCUCAGUUACUGUGUACUUUGGAAGGUACCAAACAUCUCACGUUGCAGCUCUUUGUUGUGGGUGAAAGGCAACUCCUUAACUGUUUUCUACUGUGCCAAACUAUGUCUCUUGCAAGCAGAGCCAAUAGAGAAUGGGUUAAAAAGCUUGUGGAGUAGGGCCUGUCUAGCCUCAUUCACGGGACUGGGUCAGUCAUGCGCGGUCCUCCGGACAGUCCCGCCGAAACAAUGGCUGGAAUUCAAACAUGACGGACGGCAAAUGGAAACACAGACGGACGCAUCCCCCGGCGAGCUCACAAUGCCAAUCGACCAGAAUUCACCCCUGCAAGACCCCAGACUUGCCAGGACCGGGGCAGGAGCAGACAUGGGCUGUUGUUUUCACGCCAAGACAGCCAAUCCUAUUUAGCUAUCCAGCCUGUCUGUGGUUCGUCUGUUUGACGUCAGUACUGGUAGGCUCGUAGUGAAUUCCGCCCAAAUACUCUACUCUGGCUUGAUCUCUGGGACUCCCGUGUGUAGCAUAUACAGGAGUACUGCUUAUAAUGAUGAUACAUGCUAACCAUCCCAUUAUAAUGUAGCCACAUGGCUAAGUUGAGAACCCAGUCAACUGUGAAGUGUGGGGGAGAAGGGGAGAAUGAAACGAAUGUGUGAGGUCUAGACACACGAGCAGGUAUAUAUUCAAUGUUCUCUCUCAGCCCAGAGGCGCAGAAAUGC